AUGGCCGGUCAAAUCGCUCCAGGCUUCCCCGAGUUUUCUGGGAAUGAGGUAAGAUUUCAGUGAGAAGCAUGAAAAUGUAUCUUUUUUUCUUCAGAGCAACUCAUCUAGUUCAUCAGAAGAGACCAGCGGCGUUCAACGCCUUCUGAGAGAUCUCAACAUGUUCCCAACUCCGACACAUGGUCUUGAAGCUGCAGCUGACACUUUUGAGGUUCAUUAUUUGGUCUCCGAAACUUCAAAGGCUUUUUUUUUGAAGGCUGGCGACUUGAUCUCUGGUGUUGAAGCAGCUGCCCCUCUAUUGGCUAGCACUUUCGUGAGAUGAGUUCUUCUCUAGAAAAGUACUGAGAAAAGUAUUUUUCAGUUGCCUCCCGACAAAGCCGUUCUCAUUUCGGGGGCCACGAUUCUUGGUUGUCAAGUGGCCAGACAAAUCUUCGUAUGUUUUUCUUUGUGCGGAUCUCCAAAAAAAAAAAGCGAUUUCUGUUAGCGGAUAGAAAAAUUCUUUCAAAUGGUAAAAGUCCUUUUUAUAAGAUAAAAUCUAGAUGAGUAUAUGGACCAACAGAUCUUCAAAAAGCUAACGUUCAAGUGGUUUCUCUCCAGGAGUUACGUGUCUAUAUGUUUGACCCCCUCAAGGGUAUGAGGGGCCUAGAGACCAUUUUUUUUAAUUAACACAAAAUAAAGGCAUGCGGGAAAAGUCGGCCGGUCGGUUUGGAAAACUAGGCCGCGACGAAAGUUUGCUCUACGGAAAAUUGAAUUUCAGACUUUAUUUUUCCUUUUCCUAAGAUUUCCUUCCUUUUUUAUCAGUUUUCUAGGAAAUAUUUCUCACUUCGAACUAAACUUUCUUUUUUAUAAUCGUAUUUCUUCGGUAUUAUUUGCCAUUUGUUGGGUUUUAAUUGUUUCUCGAACUUUUUUUGUGUAGUUUACUCAUGAUCUCAUUUUUCGAUUUCUCUUGAUUUUUAAUUUUGCUCAUUUUGUUAUAUGCACUUAUUUUGGAAAAUUAUUGAGAAUUUUCAAAAAUUGAAUCAGUUCAUAAUUUUUUAAUGUAGUAACCAUCGUAUUUUGGUCUUCGCAUGAGAAAUCUAGACCCUGAACGAAAAAAACUCAAAAUUUCAUGGUAGCCUUUAUUGGUUCAGAUAUGUUUUCUCUUUGACGAGAAUUCUAAAUUUUUUUUCGAAAAUAAUUUGAAAUAAAGGUUCUGGGUGACGCCCUUGGGACUGCCGUUUUUUUGUUUUUUGGUGUGCUUUAAGUUCCUUGGUGCUGCUCUUGGGACUGCCGAAAUUUCAAAAGCUCUUCGUGGUUCUGCUCUUGAGGCUGCGAAAAAUCCAGAACUUUUUGAAAAAACGCUUUUCGUUUUUCAGGAAAUGCUUUCAAAAAAUAACUUCAUCAGACGAGAGCUGAAAAAAAACUUAUCUGUUUUUAAUGGAAAAUUUGAAAAAUCUUUCAGGAAUUUAAAAUGCUCAAAGAGAACUGUUGUGACUCGUUCUCCCUUCGAAAACUUCAAAAUACCUUAGAGCCGUAAUGUGUCUGUUAUUGAGUAAAUAGGAAGUUGUACGGGUUCCGGGUAUCCGGAUACAUCUAAGAGAAGUUCGAUCGAUCUUUGGAAAAUUCCCAAAAACGAUAUUAAAUGACAUCUUUCUAUCAAAUAUUUGGGUCUUCUUCAGAAAUCUGAUGGCAGUGAGCAAUUGCAAACCGAGAUCAACGCAGUUAAUGAGAUCCGAAGAACGGGACAGCAAAACCACCAAAAAAUGAUGGAGCGCCAACAAGAGAUUCACAACCAACAAUUUUCUGAAGCCGAACGGAGAAGAGAAUUCAAUCGUUUGGCGGAGAAUGAUCUGAGGAAUCAAGAGGAAUGGAAAGUGAAGCAAGAGGAGCUGACUCUGAAUGAGCUGGCGGAGGCUAAAAAGAACGAACUUGCCGAUAUGAGAUUCGAAUUCGAAAAAAAAAUGAAGGAGCUGGAGAACGGGUCGUCAGAGGAACGGCGUCGGUGUCGGAAGGUAUGUUAGAACGAAAAGCCCCAAAUAAGUUCCUCUCUAGGGUCCAAUUUAGACUUUACAUUUUCCAUUCUUCCUGACAAUAGUUUCUAAAUUUUGAAGGUGCAGAAAAUAAUGCCGUCUUCGCAAAAAUGGAAUCCAUUCUUUAGCAAAAAAAAAAAAAUCGUGUUCCUCCUUAUUUCUGAAUAAUUCUAAAGUUAAAUUCUUAAAAGUUCCAUAUUGAAAGUUAAACGCUAUCGAAAAGCCUAUUUUUCUCUCAAAAUGGAUUAAAAAAAAAGACUUACGAUAGAAAAGCUGAGUGAAAAUUUUCGUAAGAGUAAAUUUGAUAAAUUGGAAAAAAUUUAAAAUAAGAGUGAUUGAAAAAAAAAUUCGAAAAAAAAAACAUUUUAUUACGGCCACGAUCGUGUGGUGAAUUCAAAAGAAAGCGACUUCUCCGUCUUCAUAAGGACUUUUUUGGGGUUACGAGAACUUUUUGAUUUUCAUUUUGCACAAGAAGUAAGGUUCUGAAGUCAAAACCUGCACAAUUUCAUCGUUUUUUGGAAAAGACGCCUAAAAAAUCAAAGAAAACCCGAAACAUUAGGCUCUUAUUUCUCGAGAACUAAGAAGUUGUGCAGGUUGAGACUUUCAGGAUCCUCAUCGGAUACAUCAAGAAGUGUUCUGGCUAAAUUUCAGGCAAUUUCCAGCCGCAAAGUAAAAUGAGCUCCUUUUUGAAACUUUUCACUACAGGAGUACGACGAGAGGACGGCGCUGACGAAGAAAGAGUACGAGCAGAAGCGACAGGAAAAUAUCUCGCGGAAUGAAGCUCUGAACGUCGCCAACCUCGAGAUGCAGAAGGCGUCCGAGGCGAUGAUCGAGAAGCACAGAAUCGAGGCGAACAAACAGCGCCAAGAGCUUGUUCAACAAGCGGAGAAUGUGCAUCGCGAGAAACUCAACUAUACGAUCCAAAGUUACAAUCAGCGAAGGGAAGACUCCGAAAACGCGCUCCAAAAGCAGUUGGAAGACGACAAGAAGAAAACGGCCCUUCGGAUCGAGUACAUCCACGUCAUGACCAAUAUCGGCGUCCUUACCCACCAAGACUAUGAAAUUCUCGCUCUUCAAGCCGCCACCCAGCAAUGGUACAAAGAAGUUCGCAGCCUCAUCAGUAAUAAGACGGUGCUCCUUCCAAUGGUUUGAUCAUUUUCUUUCCAGGGAAUUUUUAAAGAUACAUUUGAUUGCUCGUCAUAUAGUCAAUUUUUCCUGACUUGAAAGGCGAGGGAGGCGGGACGCGUAGCGUGUGCGUAGGCGGUUCUCGGCAGUAUUUCAACUCAAUUGCCAGCGACUAUUUUGAAAGCCCGUUUCUCGCUCUUUUCAUUCCUUCUUCAUUUAUUUCAUGAUUAUGUUUAUGCGUGCAUCAAAAAAUAGUAGGAAAUUCAGAAAAAAGCGAUUGUCGAGCUUUUUAAAUAGUCAGCGCAGAUUGAAUUCAACUCGUGCCAAGAACCGCGUACGCACACGCUACGCGUCCCGCCUCCUUUGCCUUUCAAGUCGGAAGAAAUUGACUAUAACAGCGAAUAAAAGUAUUUAAAAAAGUAGAUGAUCUUCUUCUUCUUCUUACGCCUUUGUACCGCUUGAACGGCGUCGGCGCCCCAAGUCGAUUAGCCGAGGUCCUAUCCUGAUAAUCAGUGGACUGGCUCCAGUGACAUAUCCGUCCUUGUGUGUGACGGCUGGGGAUUUAUGAAGCCGUUGUUUCCCACUACCAACAUUUCUUAAACCUCUUGGUUGGGUCGGGGCGGGGAUCGAACUUGUGACCCUGUGGACCGUAGACAGGCACACAACCUGUUGCGCUACGGCAAAAAAAAAGUAGAUAGAAACGGAAAAAAGAAAAUCUUUGAUUCCUCAUAUUUCUUCUUUCAAAUGAAGAAUUUUGAGAGAUCUUUGUCAAACCUUGAUCCAAAAAGUUCAGAUAUACAACUACAACAAUGACAAGCUCAGAAAUGUCGAACUUAUGAAGGUUUGAAGCUAGUCAUUUUCAAAAAAUGAUCGCUUGUACAGAAGCAGAUGGGAAAGCUGACAGCAAAACGUCAACGCCGUCACUGAGCAACACGAACAUGUUAGGAAAGUGCUCAUUUCUGGCGGCCUUCACCAAAAUCAGAAUAUUCUCACAAAAUUCAAUGUGAGUGCUCAAUGAAACCAACUUUAGUAGAUGUGAUUUUUCACGCUGAUCUUAAAAAUUGCCCAAUACGUCUGUGAAAAAAGUUAUGCAUCAUCAAAAGUCGAAAGCCUGCGUCCAAAGGCCAUUACCUGGUUAGCCUAGUAAAAGUUUUAUAAAUAUUAUGAUUUCACUUUUCUGCAAAGCAAAAAAUCGAAAAAAAAAAGAUUUUAUGCAAGUUCAACCGGUGGUAUGAAAAAAACACCAGCGAAAAUUCAAACGGCGACUUUUCCGAUUUUUUCAUAUCGCUAGGGAACUUUCCGACGGCCACCUUUCCGACGAAUCUUUUUUUCCGACUUUUUUUCUCGAUAAAAUCUUCGUUUUAAAUCUUCCUAUAUAAAAAUAGGUAGUUGGUUUAUGAUUAAAAACACAAAGAAAUAGAAAAAAAGGUUUAUAGAUGUUUUAUAAACCAAAAAAACAUAAGGGAAAAUAGUCGCAAAAGGAUCCGUCGGAAAGGUGGCCGUCGGAAAGUUCCCUAGCGAUAUAAAAAAAUCGGAAAAGUCGCCGUUUGAAUUUUCGCUGGUGUUUUUUUCAUACCACCGUUCAACCAAGUGAAAUCUUGCUCAAUUUUUGUCAAAAUUUUAUAAAAUUGUGUUCUACUCAAGCUUUGGCUGGUACAAGUUCAAAAAAGUACCCUUCUACUGGAAAAAAAGAGAUUUCACUCAGGUUCAGUCUAGUUAUAGUUGUGUCCACAAAGGAAAAAUUCUUUUCGUGAGCUCCGUAGAUAAUAAAAUUCAAAAGAGAAUAUAUCAUUCUAGUCUAGUAUAAUAAAAACUGCCAAACCAAGUUUCGACUGGUAGAUGAUUGAAAAAAGAUAUUGCCCAAAAACACUGAUUUUCAGACGGCCCGAGAUGCGGUUGGUCCUGCCUUGAAGAUGAUUCUAGACACGGUCUUACCCGUCCACAUAUGCCUUUCCGUUAGUUUUAUUUUAAAUAUUUGACGUCUUGAAAAAGUCUGGACGCAUUUAGAAUGGCUGAUAUAGGUCAUUCCGCGCCAGCUUGUCACGAUUUUAAAUUUCCUCAAAGCUAGAGAGCCCAUUUCGGCGCUUCGCUUCGAUGCUCUCGGUGUGCCCUCUUACGUGCGCCUUUAAUAAAACUCAUUAUUUCUGAUUAAGAUAUUUCCUCUAUCUCUUUUAUUAAUUUACGAUUUUCUUUUUUUUUUACAAAUCCAGCACAGAAUCUGAGUGUGUAUAGUUAAAGCGAAAAAUGAAAUCAAUCCAUUAAAAACAACCUCGUAAAUUAAUAAAAGAGAUAGAGGAAAUAUCUUAAUCAGAAAUAAUGUUUUAUUAAAGGCGCACGCAAGGGGGAACACCGAGAGCAUCGAAGCGAAGCGCCGAAAUAGGUUCUCUAGCCCCGAGGAAAUUUAAAAUCGUGAAAAGCUGGCGCGAAAUGACCUAUAUAAAAAUGCAAAUGACGCUUAAAGUAUCGUCAAGCGCCUUAUUUCUGUUUUCAAAGCGAGAAAACCGUUUUGAGUCGGUUGCAGAAGGGGUUUAGCUAUCCCCCGUGCUCACGUUGCUUCGAAUCCGACUUAUAGACUCUAUCACGCAGGCCAUUUGUCAAAACUUCAAAUUAUCCGAUUUCUCUGCGCUCUCACUACCUCGCCGAUGAGGGAAAAGAGACGCAGAGAGGUCAGACUGUUUCAAGUUGUUUUCCAAAGUUCAUUUUCGCUUUUAUCACCUCUUUAGCGGUCAGUUAACCUCAUAGACCGUUCCAAAAUUUCGGAAAAAAACAAUAUUUUUUCAGACCCUCCAAGAAUUGGACCACAAAAUCAUCAGCGGACCGAUUGAGCGUCUGGAAGCCUCGCUUGUGAAAAUUCCAGAGCUUAAAAUUGAGCAGAGAGCCUUGAAAGAAGCUAUGCAUACGUUUGAAGAUCAAAAGAAAGCUUUGGAGGCUUCGCAAAAACCUGCGAUCGAGAACCGACCCGUUCAGUAA